AUGAGUUCCUCUUCGGGCCCCCAGGCCCAUGCCUAUGCCACCAACUACACCUACAUUUACCAGUACUCACGCGGUCUGGAUGGCGUCGACGUGCCUCUGGACACUCUGAUCACCCGAAUUAUCUGCGGCUCGCUCGGCCUGGUCGCUGUCACCGUCUUUCUGAGUCGAAUGCUGGAGAUCUGCAAUUCAUAUAUACGCCACAUCACCUGCCUGUCGGCCACCCGAAGGCAACAGCACUUUUGGAGCUUGGAAGGAUAUAGUUUGUGGCCAGCGAUCAAGAAACAUGUGGUGUAUUCGCCGCUGUUCAGCAAACGACAUCACCGCGAGUUCCAGCUCUCGUCCGCGGUGAACAUGGGCGUCCUGCCGUCUCGCAUGCAGACGAUCCUUCUCGUGCUAUAUGUCGCCAGCCAGGUUGCAUACUGCGCCAUCCUUGACUACGCUGUCAACGAGCGUGCAGCCCUAGUUGCAGAGUUGCGUGGAAGAUCCGGAACGCUGGCCGUGCUCAACAUGGUGCCGCUGUUUUUGUUUGCUGGACGCAACAACCUCUUGAUCUGGCUCCUCGGCGUCAGCUUCGACACAUACAAUCUGUUCCACCGCUGGCUGGGCCGCAUCGUCGUGCUAGAAACACUUGUACAUACAACAGCAUGGUUUGUCAACGCCUCAAACGAGCAGAGCUUCGCCGACGCAGUGCACCGUGUCCGCACCACGCCUUUCUUCACGUUUGGCGCCCUGGGCUCCGUGUCCAUGGUCUUUCUCAUUUGCCACUCGCCGUCUCCCAUCCGUCACGCUUUUUACGAAAUCUUCCUUCAUCUGCAUCAGUUCGCCGCCGUGCUGGCCGUCGUCGGCGUCUGCUACCACCUCCAUCUAGACGCCCUCCCGCAACGCCCGUGGAUCUUCCUCGUCAUCGGCAUCUGGGUCUUCGAGCGCAGCAUGCGUUGGUUGCUCAGGGUACGCCUCAACUUUAGUCUCCGCAGCGGCAGCACUGUCGUGGUCGUCAAGGCUCUUCCUGGCGAGGCAUGUCGUGUUACCUUUCACUUACCCCGGCGUGUACACGUCAAUCCCGGCAGUCAUGUGUAUGCCUUUAUCCCGGUCGUGUCGUGGUGGAUGUCGCAUCCGUUCUCAGUGGCCUGGGCCGACCCUAGCACCUGCGUGACGCCGCCGUCGCAUCCCAUCGCGGCGCUCAGGGGGACAGCUAGUCCGUAUGGUUACGACAGUUUGAAUCACAGCCCCUCAAACCUCGAAAAACAAGAGUUCUCCACGACGACCAGCUUUUAUGAGAAUACGGGCAAGCAAAAGACCUCCAUCUCGCUCAUCAUGGCGGCGCGGUCCGGCAUGACGCGCAAACUAUACAACAAAGCCAUGGCCUGCCCGAACCAAACGCUGCGCGCUUUUGGUAUGGUCGAAGGGCCGUACAAUUCCGGUGCUGCAAGCUCCAUGGGCAGCUACGGCACGGUCAUUCUCUUUUCUGGCGGUGCAGGCAUCACGCACCACAUCCUGCACGUCCGCGACCUGCUGAUGCGCGCAGACGAAGGCUGCGUCGCGACACAGCGCAUCUACCUCAUCUGGGCAGUCCGCACGACAGAGGCACUCAACUGGGUGCGCGAGUGGAUGGACCAGAUCCUGCAACUCCCCAACCGGCGACAGAUGCUAGUGAUCAAGCUAUUCGUGUCCAAGCCCAAGACGCCGCGCAGCGAGAUCAAGAGUCCCAGCGAUAGCUUGCAGAUGUUUCCUGGAAGAUGCAGACCCAGCGUUGUGCUUGAUGAGGCCCUGCCGAAACGCGUUGGUGCCACGAUAGUGUCUGUGUGUGGUCCCGGUGCGUUUGCAGAUGAGAUCAGGGCGGCCACGAGAGAGAAUGUAGCGUGCGGUAUGAGUGUGGAUUUUGUAGAGGAGGCUUUUAGUUGGUAG